GGAAUAACAUUUGUUUUGGAGAGUUCUUUCGCGCUUGACAUUAACAUUAGCUAUUCCAAUUUAAUUAAUUUUGAAACUUAUAAAAAAAUGGCAAACAAAAACAACCUACUUUUGCUUUUCGAUCGUCCGACUGAGCCUGUUUUCAUGGAGAAAGGUACUUCGAAGUCCACUGUUUUCGAUGUCCCUGACAAGUUUCUUACCGACCGCUACCGUCCCAUUGGAAAUGAAGUCCAAAGUCGUUACGGUGAUAAAGCAGAACAGAGAAUACCUGUGAAGGACAUCAGUGUUCCAGAUUUGAGAAUACCCAUGUCCUUGGGUCGUCGUGAACAAUUUUCUUUGUUUAUCCCACGUCAUCGUCGUAUUGCUGGAAGACUAAUAGAUAUUUUCCUUGGUGUUCGUUCAAUUGAUGACCUGCAAAGUAUAGCUGCUUAUGCUAGGGAUCGAAUCAACGCAUAUUUAUUUAACUAUGCCCUUUCGGUGGCUCUCCUCCAUCGACCUGAUACCAAGGGCUUGAAUUUACCCUCCUUUGUUGAGACCUUUCCCGAGAAGUAUGUUGAUUCCAUGGUGUUCACCCAGCUUCGGGAAGAAGCCACUGUGGUUCCAGAUGGAUCUCGCAUGCCAAUCAUCAUUCCAAAAGACUACACUGCAUCGGAUCUGGAUGAAGAACAUCGAUUAUGGUACUUCCGGGAGGAUAUGGGAAUCAAUCUGCACCAUUGGCAUUGGCAUUUGGUAUACCCAUUCGAGGCUUCCGACCGCGCAAUAGUGGCUAAGGAUCGCCGAGGGGAGCUUUUCUAUUAUAUGCAUCAGCAGAUUAUAGCUCGAUACAAUUUAGAACGUUUCAGUAACAAUAUGUCUCGAGUAAAGCGUUUAAAUAACUUGCGUGAACCCAUUGGAGAAGGCUAUUUUCCUAAAAUGGACUCGCUCGUUUCUAGUCGCGCUUGGCCACCAAGAUUUUCCAACACUGUCAUAAAAGAUCUUGACCGUGAGUUAGACCAGAUCAAAAUGGAUGUUAGUGAUAUGGAACGCUGGAGAGAUAGAUUCUAUGAAGCCAUUCACCAAGGAUUCGUUGUUGACGAAUCUGGUAAUCGGGUGAAUCUCGAUGAGACUCGGGGUAUUGAUAUUCUCGGCAAUAUGAUGGAAUCAUCAAUUCUUUCUCCAAAUCGCCAACUCUAUGGUGAUCUUCACAAUAUGGGCCACGUUUUCAUAUCCUAUGCACAUGACCCCGAUCACCGUUUCCUGGAGUCAUUCGGAGUUAUAGGAGACUCAGCUACAGCGAUGCGGGAUCCUGUGUUUUAUAAAUGGCAUGCAUUUGUUGAUGACGUUUUUCAAGAGCACAAGGAGUCCUUGCCAACCUACAACCAAAAUCAACUUAACUACAGGGAUAUAUCGAUAACGGGUUUAAAAGUUGACAAUGAUGAUAGAGGAACGAAUUCUCUUCAAACCUUUUGGCAACAAUCGGAUAUAGAUUUCUCACGUGGUCUAGACUUUGUGCCAAGAGGCAAUGUCUUCGCCAGAGUAACUCAUUUACAACAUACUCCGUUCAGCUACACCAUCAAUGUCAACAAUGCUGGAGGAGCUCAACGUUUUGGAACCGUUCGCAUUUUCCUCGGACCGAAAAACGAUGAGCGUGGACAACCUAUGCUUUUGAGAGACCAGCGGUUACUGAUGAUUGAGCUUGAUAAGUUUGUCGUUUCAUUACAACCCGGCGCAAAUACUCUUCGGCGUCGAUCAACUGAAUCUAGUGUCACUAUUCCCUUUGAAAGAACCUUCCGUAACCUAGAUACCAAUCGUCCAGCGAGUGGAACUCCUGAAGAGCUUGAAUUCAACUUUUGUGGAUGUGGCUGGCCGCAGCACAUGCUCAUUCCAAAAGGUAGACCAGAGGGUCUUCGUUGUGAGCUGUUCGUUAUGAUCUCGAACUUUGAAGACGAUAGGGUUGACCAAGAUCUAGUUGGAACCUGUAGUGAUGCAUCAAGUUUCUGCGGUGUACGCGACCGGCUCUAUCCGGACCGUCGAGCAAUGGGCUUCCCAUUUGAUCGUCUACCACCAACUGGAGCCGACAGGCUUCCUAAUUUCCUGACUCCAAAUAUGAGGGUUGUCGACGUUAACAUAAUUCACACUGACCGCACUACAGUGCGCAUGUAAAUUUUCAGCUUGUACCAUAUCAACAUUGCGUACAUGAUGCAUACAUACUCGUACAUCCAUACAUAGAUAUGUCAUAUCACGCCUCAAAUUGGUUUUUCUGACAUUAACUUUUUUGUUUAUUUGUUCAAUGUAAACGUGAUUGAAAUAAAUUAAAUGUUAACCUUAGUAGAA